CUGGUAUCCCCAUAGCUGUCAGCUGAGUUGAUUAUCGAGCAAUGGUGGUGUUAUGACCUCAAGGGCUUGGAACAAAAUCAGUGCGCUAAUUCAUAGUGUUAUUUUGCCUUUGUUGUAUAGAAAACUUCAGCUGAAUGAAACAAUAAACUGUGUUAUUUAUAUAAUAUACCUAUUUGAUAUGGUUUGCAGGUUUAGAGUGUGAUUUCAGCGAAUGUUUUUCCCUCAUGGAUCUUAAUUGUAGAUUUAAGGGAUAGUUAGGGACAGCAGAGAUUUAUUCAUUUGCAGUUUACUAUAAACUGACAAAGCACCAUGUUGUACGUUUUUCAUGUAGAUGCCGGUCAAAUGACCACAUAUGAUAUGAAUCUCACGCUGCAAAGUGUGGCAAGUUUAAAAGCUGCAAUAGAGAGAAAAAUAAAGAUACCAACCAAUUCUUUGGUUCUUCUUGUUAGCGGAGGAGAAGUUUUACAGUCUGAUCACAUGGUGUCAUCUUAUAGUGCAGGAACAGACACUAACCCUAUUUACAUGUUCAGUAAGCCUUCCAUACGAGAAAGCCACUUGAAGCAAUCCAUAUGCAGUGACUUGAGCCCAAUUCCUGAACUGGAGCCGGAGUUCAGAAGUGACGCGCGCACCGCCUACGACGGCAAGUCGCUCGCCGAACUGAAGGCGGCCGUCGAGAAGUGCUGCUCCAUGCCGGCAACCGUCCAGACAGUCUUACACUGUACAAACCUCGCGCAACAGUUCAGUGAACUAGCGCACGAAGUGUCCAGGAGCUGUGAGCAGUUGGUACAUGAACAGCAUUUACAGCAUCAGGGAUGGGCGGCGGUGGUGGCCAAUUUAGACGAUAUUUAUAUUGAAUUUUGCGAACGAUCAAGAAAUUUCAAAGAAUCAUUUAGAAAACACCGACUAAAAAAGGAAGAGUAUCACGAGAAGUUGAAUGCGCUCAACGAAGUGUUGGAAGCGUUAGGAAAGAUACCGAUCUUGCCCGCGUUACAACUGAACGCGGAGGCGCACAGAUUCUCGGCGUUCGAUGUCUUCGAAGAGACAGAUUUCGAGGGGCACCACUAUGGAGUUACACACAGUUCCGAGAACAAAAGUUCCCAGGACUUCGGCGUGGAGGCACUUAAAUUAUCCGAGGAAGAUGUAUUUGAGCAGAAAGACGCGGUUCAUUCGUCAGAAUCGGAUCAGCAGAUCGAAGAGUCGGACGAAGGCGUCACCUUCAGAGCGCAUUCGUACGAAAGCAAGGAAGAGCCCACGCUGUUACAUUGGAUACUGGCGCAGGGGAACAAAGCUUCCUUGCAAGAUAUCCUGGAUUACUGCCAGAAGGGACUGGCGUUGAUCGACGUGGAGCCUCUAAAAGAGCACGAAGACCAAUUGUGCCACAACCUGAGGUACGCCAACGACCACGGCUUGAAGCAGAUCACGGGCAUCGAAUCCCGCCUGUUCGGCCUCGAUCAGUUGCUUAGCGAAGUCAAAAAGCUGGAGCGCGAUCAACACGAUCAGGCCGCAUCGUUGAUACAGUACCGAGACCGCCUGAACUCUGCGUGCGAUCCGUCCGUUUUGCCCACCCUGGUGCAGUCCCACUGGUGUCAACUAGAGAAGCUGCUCAAAGGGCACCAGGUUCUGGUAGACAGGCGUCGACGGAUCUCCAACUCUAAGGACGAGCUCUGCCAAGUGCUCAAGGCGAGAUUAGAGUUCGUUUUAAAGCUAGAGAACUCGAUGUCGGUACAAGAUGCGCACGCAAUGCUUUCCUUCCAAUGCUUCAAUCGUUUGGAGCGGUACUUCGGUAUCGUGGCGCAGUUACAUCGCGCGCCCGCAGUCUUUGUACGCGCCGUUCACGAAGUAGUCAGACGCAGGACGUUCUCACAGGCCCACAUUAUGUGGGCCACCGACUUAGCAGCGAAGUUACUGAAAAUCCACGACGAAGAAGUGUUUCGACGGCAGGAGUUUAAUACGCAGUUUGAAGGUCACUUCCUAAAGAGUCUGUUCCCGGGCAUGACGGAGUUGCCGCCGGCUUUCGCGACGCAAUCGCCGCCAGUAUUCGACGCGCGAUUGCCGAAACUAACCGAAGAAGACGUAGAGUUCAUAUCCAACGCUUUCCCGCAACUGGCUAGCGAUGUGCCUACGUAUGAUAUGGAAUCUAUUGUGAAAUUCUUUAGGCAAAGGUUAAAUGCUUCCGAACAUGCUGAGCGAGAGGCUUACGUACAAGCGGACUUAGACAAGGACCCAGAAUCGGAGGCCGAAACAGGCGGUUUCGAGAAACUCAGUCAACAGCCGUCGCUUAAGCGGAAUCAAAUCGACACAUCGACAACUUGCGCGCCCGAUACUGCGGCAGUAUCGACAGUGACCGAGGUGCGAACAUUACCGCCCAUUGUGGAGGGGGACAGUCCGAGGCACGAGUUCGAGAACUCUGAGUUCUACAUCGAGGAGUCGUUACCGUCCAGCCUGGAAUGGGGCCGGCACGAACGACAGGACAACAUGGACACGCAUAAAAUAAACAUUGAUAAACUUCAAGACUUUUUGAUGAAAUUAUGCGCUCUCUGUCGAGCCAAUGUAGUCUUCAUAAGAGGAGAGUUAAUAAAGCUAAAAGACGAUGUGGAAUCACAUAAGAGCUUUAUUAAUAGCCAGUAUUUGCAAGUUGUAGAGGCAUACGAAAACAGUUGCGUGGAAAUCUCAUUGCGACACAGGGAACAAACACAAAGACUGACUGUAGACCACGAGUUGGAAUUGAGCGAUAUGAAAGCGACGCUCGCGCAAAAAGAUGAAGUCAUAGAGACGCUGUCAAAAGAGAAAGACAGUAUAAAGGCAGAAAAUCAGAGGGAGAUAGAGAAACUUAACGAAGAACACAAAAACACUGAGGAGUCACUUGAGAAGUGCCGAGAGGAGAUAGCUGGUUUCGCAAAGAAGUUAGAAGAAAUGGAAACGCAGAAACAGAAAGAUAUAAAAGAUAUGCAAGAUAAACUGCACAUGGACUAUAAAGCUGAAAUUGAAUCUUUACGAUCCAGGUUCCGUCUAGUAGCACUCACGAACAUGGAUCGUUCGCCAUCCGAAUCUAGCCUUGAGAAGAUCGAGCGCACUGACGUCAUCGAGAUAACUAGUCACAACGCGAUAGUGAUGCAGACUAAAGAGAACGCCGAGAUGGAAAAGGAGGAGGCGGUGAAAGAAGCCGUUGCUAAAGCGGAGGCUGAGUGGAAGCAGAGGCUUGAAGCUGAAGUGGGACAGCUGAAGGCCAAGCUCGAUACGGAAAAACAGGUGACAAUAAACGAAGCCACCCGCCGCCUUCUCGCCGAGAAGGACCGGCAAUUAGAGUUGAUGAGGGAACGCGAGCAAGUGCUAAGUCGUGAGUGCACCAAGUACAGAGAUACUAUACAACAGCUCACCGACCCCGAGACCAACGACUACGAUUCGCUACUUAAAGCACAGUUUGCUACGCUAGAAAAUGAGAAAGCUUUAUUGCAACAACAGGUUCAAGAGUUGAAGAAAGAGUUGGAGAAGAAGGCGGACGACGCCGAGAAGAGCAAAGACGAAGAUAGUGACUGCAGGUCAUCGUCUAAGGGUGACGGUCGCAAAGGCAAGUCGCGAUGCCACACGCCGCUCGGCCUAGCGGCUGGCACACUCAGUCUGUCUUCCUGUUUGCCUGGACACACUGUCCUCGUAAUGUGGGACCCUGCCCAUCUCAACUACACUGUUAUGCAGGAAGCGUCGAUAAUGUACUUUGUGCACAGCGAUUGUUUGCCCGCUCUUGAUCUUAGCAUACAAUUAAAGAACGAAUGUGAUAGAAAACUCUACGCGAUCGCUACUGUAGAAUCGAAAGAAUACUGUUAUGCAAAGAAGAGCGGGAAUAGGUUUGGUAUGCCGCGAGGGUCGCGGUUCUACCGAGUGCGAGUGAAACCGCUGCGACAGCACUUAGCGCAUCCGCCGUGUUGCGACCAUAAACACAAACAAGAUAUUAUGAAAAACAGCGUGCUCUCGGUGCUCCCCGAGAAUCGACCCCUCAAGAAGUGGUUGACCUACAUGCAUGCCCCAGACAUGCAAAAGUCAGUCGACACUUGCCAGUCGACCAUGGAAGAAUCGAGUCGAGUGAGUGAAGUAGCGACCGGUACACUCAUAAACUUGGACUCGCCCGUGUCGACUAGCGACCCAAGUACGAGUGCGCCCGCGAUGGGAGAAGACCAACUAGACUCCAUAGAAGCCAGCGAGCAAUGGCACAGUUCUAAGAUGCAAAUGUCUACAGCUAGCGUCAUGACGGACAUGGAAUGCAGCGUUGGUCGCGUAGGCGCUUCGCCCCUCGAGUUGACCGUCAGUUCAGUAGCGGUCGUAGCCCGCGGGCCUGCGCCACCUGGCUCUGAACUAGCUCAAGAGGCAGCGCCCUGACGAUCGCUCGCACCGACUUAGCUCGUGAGCCAACUAGAUUUUACAGAUCCACUGUGACGUUCUCGACAAACCAUUUGUAAUAGAACUCGCGAACUUUGACGUUCGCACGGACCCAUUUAGCUCGUGAGCCAAUUAGAUAUACUUUACCGAUGUGACGUUCUCGACAAAACUUUUAUAAUAUAACUCGUGACUUUGAAUAUUCGUACGCACCUACUGAGCUCGCGAGCCAAUCAGGUCAUACCUUACCAAUGUGUGGUUUUCAACAAACCUUGUUUAAUAAAACUCUUGAAUUUUGUACCCCAACACUAUAGCUUAUCAGCGUGACGUUCUCGUCAACUAUUUUAAUAGAACUCUGAACUUAAUAUAUGCUUCGUCCCUCGAGUUAACGGUCAGUUCUAUAGCGGUCGUAGCCCGCGGGUCUGCGCCUCCUGGAUCCGAACUAGCUCAGUCCUCGUAGCAUGAGCACCACGAUACACAUUAUAUAAGGUUUUUUUAUCUCGUCUUACUGCCAAACUUCGUAGUAAUUUGACAAUUUAGCGUGUAAAAAUCGAGCGAUAUAUCAUAAUACGAUGCUCAUGCUAGGGAGGGGCUGGAAGCAACAUCCUGGCGUUUGCUCAUACUCACUUACCACGCGAGCCAACUAGAUUAAACCUUACUGUGUGACGUUCGCACGCGCCCACCACUAAGCUCGUGCGCCAACUAGAUCUUACUACACCAAAGUGACGUGAUCGACAAACCUUUUUUAAUAGAACUCGUGAACUUAAUAUUAGCUCGUGAGCCAACUAGAUCUUACAUUAACUAUGCGACGGUCACGAAAAACCAUUUUUAAUAAAAUUCGCGAAUUUAAAGUUCGACAGUAUUCAUUGCUUGAUGAUUUGUCAUUGAUAAAACUCGUGAACCUAAAGUCCUACUGUUUUCGUGGCUACUUUAUGUGUCAUAGAUUUAGAUAAUGGUCUGAGCUUUUUCUAUACAACUGCAAAGUAAAACGAAAGUAAGUGGGAGGGAUAUUUGGGAGUUCAGGCGGCUCAGAGUUCAUGUAUGUAUUGGCGGUUAUAUCACUCUGUCUAGAGAGUUCCAGUGCCGCUAAAUCUUUUCUCCAUGUCCAUGUUUGUAAUCAUCACUGGCAAUUUUUGAGGUGGUCUCUAAGGAAAAAAAUUAGCUACUUUGAUUGAAUAAAGUUAUACUUUCUAUAUACUAUCUGACACGUUUUUUACCGGUCUCUAUGAAGGCCGCACCCACUACUUAAUUUUUACUACUAGAUUUUACGUAACACAUUCUUAAUACUUUUUAGUACAAUUUCGGAUUUCGAAGAAUCGACAGUCCCAACCCCUGCAAGUAUUGUGAUGACCCCGCCCAUUAAAUAGCUUGGUAGCCAAUCACAUGAAUUACUAAUGUGUAGCUUUAAACAUACCGUUUUGGUUGAUCUCUUGUAACAUCUCGUGAUGAUAUUACUGAACCUGGAAAGGGCGUCAAUUACGUACACUAUCUAUUACUUAUCCAAUUAUUAAUGUUCUUGGGUACGUCGCAUAUGUUCAAGCUACUUAACUUUGUGCGUCAUUCUAGCUCUUAUGCUGGGCACCAACCACCAAUUGACGUCAUAAUUUAAUAAUUAAUGUCAGCUCCGAGAUCAGGUAUUCAAAAGAGAUCUUAUGUGAGUCUUGAAUAAAAUAAAAUUAAAACUUGAUGUUCGUGUAGAAAGUCCUUCACAAAAAUGUAUCGUUAUUUUUUCCGAAGUAUAAUUCUUUAAGAUCGAUUCAUAUGCUAGAGAAAACUGUGUGCGUUAAGUAAUUCGAAUGAAGUUCGUUAGACCGGUUUUUGUCAUAUAAGUCGGUCAUAAUGUCUCUUUCGUUUAAGUGUCCGAGUGCAUUUCCACCUAGUCCAUGUCUUCCAUAGCUGCAAAAUAUCCAAGGAGAUUCCUUAACAGAGCGCUCGGAAAAAAUUAAGUUCCACGUAGACGUAGAUUUUUGAUGCUGAUAACGUAUUUAUCUUUAUACAGUAACUUAACGCUCCGAUUAUUAUAUUCUUUUAAAAUUGGUUCUUUUAUUAAAACGUCUCUCGAGAUAUUUACUUUAUAAAAACAUUUGGCGUUAUACGAUAAAAUGCUAAGGCGUUUUCUUACUAAGAACAUUUUAUUAAAUUUUGAGUAUUACUGUCGAACAAGGAGUAUAAGGCCUACCCUAAAUAGAGCCGAUCUGUGGUCGUAGUAGCGGUUAGAUGUGAUAGUCUGUAAAAUAUGAAAGGAGAAUAUGAGAUAUGUGGUAGACUACUUCAGGCGCUAUCGCGCGUGUCUGUUGUGACGUUUAUUGUGAACUGCACCGACUAUCAAAUAUAAUAAUCAGUUAUCUGUUAUCAAAAAUACGAAUUCGCCAUCGUGCCAGUGUGAACCAAGCAUGAAAGCGCGGGUAGAUCGCGAUCGCUUCUGUUUUGGGGAGGCUUAAGUUGGUUUUGUCAAUGUCAGGUAUCAAAAUGAUAUAAUUAUAUAAUCACAUGUUGCUCGGUUCUACGCGCUCACUAAUGUAAUGCUCUCGUUGAAAAAUAUAUUUCACAUUAAUUUGUUAGAGUAUUUUUCGCAAAGUACAAGUUCGACUGUAGUAAUUGUGUUGAUGUUAAUCACGAUUUAGUUGACUUAGGCGUUUUCCUAUUAGAAGGCGACACUAUCAUCGUUAUUACGCGUAUAUAUUAAAGUUUCUGUCUACAUACAAAUCGCGAGCUCGUACGACAAAACUUGCGCGAUUCAAGUAUGAUGACGUCUUAAGGUCAAAGAUGUUUCACGUCGAAAUGUAUCUUUGGACCGUGACUUUCUUUUUCUCUGUAGUACAAAUUUACUUAGUCCUCUUUAGAAAUUUAUAGAUAUAAUUUGUAUUCUAUAUUUAUUGACAUUGUUUCUAUAUUGUGUUGUGUUACUUACAUUUAAUUAAAAUGAUUAUUAUUUUUCAUUAUAACUCAUGAAUAAUUUUAUUUUUGUUUUACUAAUAUAAAUGAUUAUGUUUUACUUCUUUGAUAUGAUGGUACAGUUAUAAUUCGUGAUAUGUUUUAAAGCAGCACAAAAUUUGUAGCGAUAGAGAAAGUUGAUUAGUUGUUUAUCCCAAGUGUCGUAGUAGUGUAAUUCAUUGUAAACUGUAGGUUGGCCUCUAUUCAUCCUUAAGAUUUUCCUAACUGUAAGUCUAAAAUCUUGAUCCUAAGUCAUAGUUAUUAUUUAGCGGGAAUGUCGUUCCCUAUAUUAAGAGUUUCUCUUACAAAAUAAUUGAUAGGCUUCUGCAAAUGAUAAACGCUUUAAAAUACGAUCUCGACCUAUCUCAAUGGCUCCACACUAAUAACGGUGUGACACACUAGCUGUAGUUCUAGAUAUUCCCUAAUAGAUCUUACAAAUAUUUCACCUUACAGAGAAUUAGAUCCCAACUAAAUCACUUAUUUGCAACUCCGCAUAAAAACACAUUGUAAGUUAAAUGGCGGAAUUAAUAGACUCAUGUGCGUCCGAAUAAUAAUUUAAGCUAUUGUAACAGUUAUUUGUAGAUUUGUUGAUGGAAGCGCAAAAUUAAAGUUGUUUUUAAAAGGACAUGAGGAUAAUGCUUCGUGUGAAAUUUGUUUGUGGCCUUAUUGUAAGUGGCGCCCAACGUGGGGCCUCCGUGCUACUAACCUUGUAUGUGGUGAUUAUAUAGAGAUCAAUAAAUAUGUAGACACAAGGUUGGUAGUGCUGUACUCGGCAAUUGCCGACUGCUGUGAUAGUGCGUGCUGUGCUCUCCUCGAUUCCUCGCGAACAGUUUUGUUAGUACAAAACAAACGCAAUAUGAUUUUUAAUUAUUAUUAGGGCCUAUUUCUAAGACACACACACACAUUAUUCUAAAUUUAAGCAUAUUUUGUACUAUCAUAGCUGUUCGUAAAUUUCGACUCAAGCGGUAUUCAAAGAUCGGAUUGGUGCUGCUAUCGUAAUGUUCAUAAUUGGCGUCUAGGAUGGACUAACGAGCUUGCUGUUAGCUUUGGAUAUUUAUCGCUUGUUUGUAAUCGUAUAUGAUGUGGCAUUCGUGCGACUAUGAUAUUACGAUACUAGUGCCACCAAUUUGUUUGACGUUGUGGUGAAAAUAUCCACUAUUGCGUAUUCGAGUUUGAUUCUCGAGCGAUGUUCAUAAUAAUACCACUGGAGGUAACAUUGUAUUGCUAUUGUAAAUAAUAAUUGUUCGAAGGGGUAAUAAAGUAAGGUUUUAAAAAUUUUCGGAUAGCAACUGAAUUUGUUUUAUUUUGUAAUCUUAAUCGUAAAGUGAUAAAGUUAAUAAAGUUGCGUGAUUACUAAACACGCGAGCGGACUGGCGGUUUCUAUAGUGUUUAUUGUAACAAUGUGUUGUGUUGGACACAAAGUUUUGGCAUGUUUUUUUUUCAUGUUGACGAAAUUGAGUUUGGUUUUCACGAUCGUUCAUCGUUAAAAUAAUUAUGAUUAAAUUGUCAUGUUGUUGUGUCAUAAUGAAAUGUUUUCGGAAUGUUUUGCGAACGCAAAAUGCAUUAUAAAUCUAUUGUGUGAUCGCUUCGUGGACUAUUUUGUAGUGACCAAUUUAUCGUUAGAAAAUAAAAAGGAAAAUGUAAAAUUGACAAUUUUAAUGUAAUUUUUAUAUACAAUAAAUAGACGAUUUUGUACAAA